GUUCAGGCUACAGACACGAACAUAUGCAGAGCGUUGCGCGCUCUUCACGUGCCCAUCAUCAACAUAUCAUGUGAUCCUCCCUGCUCUGAGUGUUCUAAUCAUCACCACUGUACGGGCUACUCUCUUUCUCUCUCUACAAUUAUCUCUCUCUCCUCACCCCUUCUUGCUCCUCGGUCAGCUCACUCGCCCACCCCACCACAUCAACCAAGACUUCACAUUGACCCUUCGAAUCGCUCCUCCGUUUCACUCUGUUACGCUCCGUUAGGGUUUCAGAGACACCGUACUUGUGUGUGUAUCUGUCUAUGUAAGCAGUCGAGCAUGGGCUGUUUACAGUCCAAAACCGCCAAUGUUCAGUUCCAAGACCAAGAACCCCCUCAAACUGACUCCAAAUCAGAUCUAGCGAACGGAGAUCAAUUGGAUCAAGAUCAAGUACCUGCAUUCAAAGAGUUCGGUCUUGCUGAGCUUCGAGCUGCGACGAAUGGGUUCAGUAGCGAUUUGAUAGUGUCGGAGAGUGGAGAGAAAGCACCCAAUGUUGUUUACAGAGGAAAGCUCCGGAAUAAUCGCUUUGUGGCCAUUAAGCGCUUCUCCAAGCAGUCGUGGCCUGACCCUAAACAGUUUGUGGCGGAAGCUGCUGGAGUUGGCAAGGUUCGGCAUAAGAGGUUGGUGAAUCUUAUUGGGUGUUGUGCUGAAGGAGAUGAACGUUUAUUGGUGGCGGAGUACAUGGCUAAUGAUACACUCUCGAAGCAUCUCUUUCACUGGGAGAAACAGCCACUGCCUUGGGAAAUGCGUUUGAGAGUUGCAUAUUAUAUCGCACAAGCACUUGAUCAUUGCAAUACUGAAAAUCGGAAAAUUUAUCAUGAUUUGAAUGCAUACAGAGUUCUUUUUGAUGAGGAUGGUGAUCCUCGAUUAUCUAGUUUCGGUCUUAUGAAAAAUAGUCGAGAUGGGAAAAGUUAUAGCACGAAUUUGGCUUAUACUCCACCAGAGUUUUUACGGACAGGUAGGGUCAUUCCAGAGAGUGUGACCUACAGUUAUGGAACUGUUCUGCUGGACCUUUUGAGCGGAAAGCAUAUUCCUCCAAGCCAUGCAUUGGAUUUGAUAAGGGGGAAAAAUGUGUUGGUACUGAUGGAUUCAUCCUUGGAGGGACAAUAUGCUGACGAAGAUGCAACUGCUUUGGUUGAACUUGCUUCAAAAUGUCUGCAAUAUGAGGCUAAAGAUCGACCUGAUAUCAAGUUUCUUCUUACAGCAGUAGCGCCCCUUCAAAAGCAGAAAGAGGUUGCAUCACAUGUGCUUAUGGGUCUGACGAAAACUCCAGUGGUGCUGCCAGUCAUGCUUUCCCCGCUUGGAAAGGCUUGUGCAAGAAUGGAUCUUACUGCAGUGCAUGAUAUCUUGCUUAAAACAGGUUAUAAAGAUGAAGAGGGUGCGGAAAAUGAGUUAUCAUUCCAAGAAUGGACACAACAAGUGCAAGAUAUGUUGAACACGAAGAAAUUUGGAGAUAUUGCUUUCAGGGACAAGGAUUUCAAGAAUGCUAUUGAAUAUUAUUCAAAGCUGGUAUCAAUGAUGUCUGUUCCUUCUGGCACGGUAUUUGUGAGACGAGCCCUUUCCUACUUGAUGAUUGACCAAGCGGAACUUGCCUUGAGGGAUGCUAUGCAGGCUCAAGUGUGCUUGCCUGAGUGGCCGACUGCCUUCUACAUGCAAGCUCUUGCCCUCUCCAAGCUUGGAAUGGAAAGUGAUGCUCAGGACAUGCUUAAUGAUGGAGCAUCUUUUGAGGCAAAGAAGCAGAAUAGCUGGCGCAACUAAAUUAUGAUCCAAUGAUAUAUGGAAGUAAACUUGGCUGGUUCUUUCUUCGCAUUACCAUUAAUUCAUCGCUGAGGAGAGGAGAUUCCAGUGGGGAUUCAUGGAAAUGGGAGUUACUUUCAUCCAAUCCCUUCCAUCCCCCAAAUCGCACAAAAUAGUUUCACUCGCAAAGAAAUGUAUAAAAAGCACUAUUUUGAGCAAAAAGUAGUUGACUAUUUACCAGUCGAUUGUCAUAUGCUUUAUAGCUAUGCCUUGUCAGUUAUUUUCUAGUGCCUUUAGAAGCAAGAGGAAAAAGGAAAGGGAAGGAUAAUGGCAACUUUCUAAUCUUAUGUAGGAAAGAUAGUGAGAAGGAAAGAAAGAAAUGUUUAUUGUGUUAGUAGAAGUGAUUUAGUCUUGACCACUGCCCCCAAAAAUUCCUAUACUUUGAGUCCGUUUCAAGGGCUGUUUUUUUGAGGAAACAUGGUAUACUACUUUCUAAUCAAUAUCAUUUGCUUUAGCUA